GCGGGUGCGCCCUCCGCGCCUUCCUCCGGCUGCGCAGCGGCGGCGGCUCCGCUCGGUUCCUGCUCGGGCCGGGGCAGCCUUCGCGGCGCGGCCGCCGAGGGGACGCUGCGCGACGUGUCCGCGUCCCACAGCCCCGGUGGCUGUUUUAAUGCAAUAGUGUCAUUAGCUGGCUGAACACUAAACAUGAGAAUAGCAGGUGCUGCAAAGUUGGUAGUAGUCAUAGCAAUAUUUUUAUUGACGUUUUAUGUCAUAUCUCAAGUGUUUGAAAUAAAAAUGGAUGCAAAUUUAGGACACAUAUUUGCUAGAUCAGCAUUGGAUGCAGCUGCACGCUCUACAAAACCUCCAAGAUACAAGUGUGGAAUCUCUAAAGCUUGUCCUGAAAAGCAUUUUGCAUUCAAAAUGUCAAGUGGAGCAGCGAAUGUAGUUGGACCUAAAAUUUGUGUAGAGGAUAAUGUUUUAAUGAGUGGAGUAAAAAAUAAUGUUGGCAGAGGAAUAAAUAUGGCCUUGGUCAAUGGUAAAACAGGAGAAUUACUGGAUACUAAGUUCUUUGACAUGUGGGGAGGAGAUGUGGCACCACUUAUUGAAUUUCUGAAGACCAUCCAGGAUGGAACGAUUGUGUUAAUGGCAACAUAUGAUGAUGGUGCAACCAAGCUUAAUGAGGAAGCACGGAAACUGAUCGCAGAAUUGGGAAGCACAUCCAUUACUAACCUUGGCUUCAGAGACAACUGGGUCUUCUGUGGUGGUAAAGGAAUUAAGACUAAAAGUCCAUUUGAACAGCAUAUAAAGAAUAACAAGGACACAAACAAGUACGAAGGCUGGCCAGAAGUUGUUGAGAUGGAAGGCUGUAUCCCUCAGAAGCAAGAGUAAAUGAAAACAGAAGAAAAGGAAAAACAAUAUGGAAGAAAAUGCACUUUCUGCUAUUAUUAGAGAGAGAGGGCUAUGAAGGAGACUGUACUGUAAAAUUUUUUUUUAAAGCAUGCAGCCAUCUUGUCAGUGUGUGCAUGAGCACUGACAUUUUGAAUAUUGGGAUUAUUUAUUGCUAACACACAUAGAAAUUCUUUUUGUAAAUAAGUCCAAAAUAAAAGAAACAUCCAAUCAUUUCUAUGCAGGUUUCUUAAAAGCACAGUAUUUAGUUUGCCUGUGGUAAAUAAUACUUGUAGAUAACUGGCUAAUAAAUUAUGUAUGUGGACAAUAAAGAGAUUGUGACAAAUGUACUGUCCUCUUAACAGUGCAAUGUUGCUGUGACUAUGUAAACUUGGUGGAAUAUUGUAGAUUUUAGUAACACGUUAAUAAGGAGCUUUAAUUUUUUUUUUUUUAUCCUCUGCCUUUUUAAUGGCAGCAUCAAUUUUUAUUAAAUCUAUUUGGUUAUUCUAAUACCAAGUGCUCCAAAAAUUUAUUUUGUAGUCCCCCAUCAAAACUGAAUGAUCAGCAAAGGAAGACUUACAUGAUGGUUUAACACAGAUAUGCCAUGAAAGGCACAAUAGAAAUUUUUUUUCCAAUCUUUAGGGGAUGAACUAAGGUAAAUAUAUAAAUAGCAUGUGUGAUAUUUAAAAGCAGCCUGGAAGAAUCUGUACUUAACUUGAAAGUGUUUACUUUAUAGAAAGAAACUGGCACAUUAAGCAGCAGUACUGUAGCUGAUUUUUUCUUUUUUUUAUUGCAGCUUUUGUACCGCUGCUUACCCAUUGAUUUUCUCUGUGGCUGAUCAGCUGCAGUGGCUGGUCACGCAGUGAAUGUGCGUGAUGGAAGAGCUUCCUCUUGUAGUUCUAACAUCAGGAACAAAUUCCCUAUCACAAAGAGCCUGUUAGAAAGCAGUGUGCCUUCUAGUGAGGGUUGUUUCAGGGUACACAUUUGUGCACCUUCACCACCUACAGUACUUCUCGUGAGCCGGCGGGGCAAUCUUGUCUUCAGUGGAAUGUCAGAGACAGCAUUGUGUCUUGGGUUAUGCAAUGUGUGACGUGUAAACUUCACUGAUGAUGCUUCCCUCAUCCUUUUUUUCAUGGGGAAAAAAAAGGACCAAGUUUAAGUGGCCUUAUUCUUACCUUAUAUCAGAGCUGUGUGAAGACCUUACCUUCUUUCUAAACACAUGUUUCUUUUAAGUAGGGCCAGCUUGAACUUUUCCUGAAACUAAGUUAUACCAUGCUAGCUGACUGUGUCCAUAUUCACAAAACUGGGGCUGACACAGAACUGGCUAUAAUCUCUUGGAGCUUUGUGUCAUGAAUUCUGGUAUAUUUCUCAAAAACUUCAAGCUACUACUGUGGGACAAAAGCCACAAAGGAUUUUUCAGGAGCCCACAGUGAGUUUAACACAGAGGCAUUAGAAAUAGUAUUAUUGUUGAUGUUAUCUGAGUCAAAUUCUGUGCACUAAAAGUUUCAAGCAAUAUUGAGAAUUAUCUUGUAAGAAAAAUAAAUACUCUCUGAUACCAGAGUAAGACUGGAUUCUGAGUUGUUCUCUAUGUUUAACUAGCUUUUUAAAUAAUGUUUGUUUCCCUCGGUAUUAAUGUAAAUUAGCUAUAAAUGCACCUGACACUUUGAAAAGUGAAAGUGCUUUUGUUAAGCCUUCCAGAUUUUCCUGUGUAGGAGGAUGUGUUAAUAUAUGUGUUUUUUCACUGAAGUAAAAUCCCCUUUUCUAAUCAGUUUGAAAUGCUAUUUCAUUACUUAAGCCUGUUGUGAAAAACUAACUGUUUAAUUCCUGGAGUUUUCACACAAAAACAGUUCUGUUGGUGUGUAUGCCUGUAUUGGCUACACUGCUAUUCAGAAUAAUACCAAAAUAAUUUUGAUGUUACUCAGCAGGGUCUUAAGAGGAAGAAACUAUUUGGCUUCAUUAGUAGUUUCCCUGGACUACACUUGUCUUAAUUGUCUUUAUUCUUUUGACUUUGAAUGCAAAUGAAUAUUUCAUCUUUCUUCAAAUUAAAAAGUUCAAAUUCCCUCUACAAAAUUAAAUGAAG